CCACCACCACUGAAAACAAACACGUCCAUCUCCUUUUGGGCCACGUCUGCCGCAGGUGGAGAGAUGUCGCUUUUCGAACACCGUCCAUGUGGAAAUCUCCAGAUAUUCGACUUCGAGACGAUGCUCAAAUUUCCGAAAAUUGGCUCUCCGUCAUGACAAUGAUCAUUAACUUGUCCGACCCAUAUACAUUCCGCCCAAAUUUUUCAUAUUUCCACACAGGGCAUAAUAUUCUUCCAGGAGCUGAUCGGAUUCUGGAGUGUCUCAUCCCCAGCCUCCACCGCUUGAACUCAUUUGAACUUCAUCUCCCAGUGAUGGCUUCCAAUGCUCUCGCCACAUUUCCUACUUCAACGGACACUUUUCCUGUGCUCCGAGGCCUCACGAUGUGCUUUUACGACAGUGUACUACAGCAAGCGAUAGCAGAACGCCCGAUCCUCGCUUUCGCAAGUGCUCCGCAUCUCAAAGAAGUAAUCCUAUCCUACGAACCAGCCAACUGCCAGUGGGGAGAAGACACCAAAGGCAGGCGGCUCCUUCGCAGUCUGGUGUUCCCUUGGUCGCAGUUGACUAUGCUUCAUAUCGACGGAAUAUACUCGACCGCCCAGGACGCCCAAGCCCUCCUUCGUCAAUGCCACUCGAUUGAAGACUGUGACCUCGGCAGUGUUUCCAUGGCUGGCGAGCAUCUUGCCAUGGACCCAUACAUUCUGAAACACCUACAUCAUUUUGCUCUCGAAGUCUUAUACGAACCCGACGAUGACGACUUUCUGAUGCAAGGCAGCGCUCGUUUCUUCCAGCCAUUCGUCAUGCCACAGCUCUCCAAUCUGGAACUCGCCUGCGGGCCCCGUGCUUUCGAAGCCCCUGAAUAUAUCUCAUUCUUAUAUUCGCGCUCCGGAUCGACGCUGACCGAUCUUCGCCUUCAUUGCGUACCCUUCGAUGGCGACGAUAUCGUACAAACCCUUGCCCUCCUCCCCAUGCUCGAGCUCUUCCGUGCGCACAAAUCGCAUGCCGGGACCGAUAUCUUAUUUGAGGCGCUUUGUUACGACCCCGAGGCGACAACACCCCCUAUUGUACCGCGUCUCAAGGAUCUCGCUGUUACGGAAUACCCCAUAGAAGCGGAUAUGGUCACGUCGGACCGUGUUCGAGAUGUGAUCAUGUCGCGUUGGUGGUCUAAUGCGCAUCUCUCUACGACACGGUGGCGCCCUAGUGUGGCGAGAUGGCAGAAGGUUUAUCUCGAUUGGUUUGGAGGACACGUCAAUAUGGACAUCUCAGCGCUGAGCGCCAUUGACGAUUGUCGUGAAGAAGGGUUGGAUGUGACUCUUCACUGGCAUGGGCGUGAAGAACGUUACUUAGGUGUGUUGCAGUUUUCGCUCGAAUGCACUUACCGCUAG